AUGGGUAAGACCAUCCGCGGCGCCCGUAAGGGCAAGAACUCCAUCUUCACGGCGCACACGCGCCUGCGCAAGGGCCCCGUGCGCCUGCGCAAGAUCGACUACGCCGAAAAGUGCGCGGGCCGCGUCCCUCUCUCGCGACUCUUCGACCGACCGAUUGGCGCAACGGCAGCGCGUCAGAUUCCAGUCCUGAAGGUUACGUGUUCGAAUCACGUAUCGGUCACAGCAGCACUGAGCCUCGGUGGUCCGGGGGGUGGACUUCAGUUCCACAGCCGUUUCGCGACGGAGCGGUUCGAUUCCGUCUGGGCUGCGACUGCUGGAUUGGUGUAGUGGUUAUCACGUCUGCUUUACACGCAGUAGGUCACCGGUUCGAGCCCGGUAUCCAGUAGAGAGCGUCGGAGAGAGCGCGCGAGGGCACGCCGGUCACGCGUUUUUUCCCCACUCGCAGGGAGGGCUACGUCAAGGGCGUCGUGAAGGCCAUCGUCCACGAGUCGGGCCGCGGCGCGCCCAUCGCGAAGGUCCAGUUCCAGAAUGCGUACCGGUAUCAGAGGGAUACGGAGCUCUUCGUCGCGGCCGAGGGCAUGCACGAGGGCGCGUUCGUGUACUGCGGCGCCAAGGCGCAGCUGGCGGUCGGCAACGUGCUGCCGCUGAAAGCGAUCCCCGAGGGCACGGUCGUGUGCAACGUCGAGGCCAAGCUCGUGCGCGGGCCGCGUCCGCUUCUCUUCAAUCCGACCGAUUGGCGCAACGGUAGCGCGUCAGAUUCCAGUCCUGAAGGUUACGUGUUCGAAUCACGUAUCGGUCACAGCAGCACUGAGCCUCGGUGGUCCGGGGGGUGGACUUCAGUUCCACAGCCGUUUCGCGACGGAGCGGUUCGAUUCCGUCUGGGCUGCGUUAUACACACCAUCGUCGAGAGGCGACAAGAGAGCUCCUGGUCACCCGCACGUCCACGCAGGGCGACCGCGGCGCGUUCGCGCGGUGCUCGGGCGACUACGCCGUCGUCGUGACGCACGACGAGGAGAAGGGCACGACGAAGCUGCGCCUGCCGUCGGGCGGCAAGAAGAGCGUCAAGUCCGUGUGCCGCGCCAUGGUCGGCAUCGUCGCGGGCGGCGGCCGCACGGACAAGCCCAUGCUCAAGGCGGGCCGGGCAUACCACAAGUAUCGCGUGAAGCGCAACGAGUGGCCCAAGGUUAGGGGUGUUGCGAUGAACCCCGUGGAGCACCCGCACGGCGGCGGCAACCACCAGCACAUUGGUCAUCCUUCCACUACUCGUAGAGAUGAUGUUGCGGGCAAGAAGGUCGGUCUGAUCGCGGCGCGGCGAACGGGCCGGCUCCGCGGCAUCAAGAAGACGGCGGUGGACAAGGACUAG